CUGUCUUUGUCUCUCCCUCCCUCACUGUAUUUUUCCCAGACUGAGGCGUCCAUGGACCCUCUGGCUCCGCUGCCUUCAUUACAGACUUGGAGCGCUCUGACAACUUUCUGAACUCUUUGCUUUGGAGGGGAGGGGUAGUGAAAGACGAGCACUUGAUGGGACGCAGAACCGGCAGCACCAGGAGGCUCAGCUGGAGACUAGAUCUUGACUUUCAAACGGAGAUAAUCCCCCUCCUCGGGCAAUGACAGGGCAACUCCUCAGCCUUCUGACCCCUCUGGCUCUGCUGCUCUUUGUAGGGUUUGCAGACCUCAGCCUUGCCUCUGUUGAAGAGGAUGAGGAUAACUACAUGCAGAAGAUGCUCACAAGGGAACGGUACAAUCAGGUUAGAAUGCCGGAGAAGUCCAUUUCCUCGACAGCCAACGCACAAGGAGAACCAAAACAGAAGCCAGCACGGAAAAUGCCCAAGGGAGAGAUGGGAAAUGACAAGAAGACAGAUAAAAUCCCUGAUCCUACAAAACCAGUGAAAACACCCAACAGAAAGAUAAUGAAGAAUAAGAAGAGCACCCUGAAAGAAUCAAACAUCAUCUCAGAAGGAGUCGCAGAGUUCAACUCGAUGACAGAGGAAUGCCCUCCCAUAGGACUGGAGACUCUGAAGAUUGAUGACUUCCAGCUUCACGCUUCGUCUACGAAACGCUACGGUCUUGGUGCACACAGAGGUCGUCUUAACAUUCAGGCUGGCCUUUAUGAAGAUGACCUGUAUGAUGGGGCCUGGUGUGCAGGGAGAGAUGACCCACUUCAGUGGUUGGAAGUGGAUGCUAGGAGACUGACAAAGUUCACGGGGGUCGUCACGCAGGGCAGGAGCUCCCUCUGGUCAAGCGAUUGGGUGACUUCCUACAAGGUCAUGAUUAGCAAUGACAGUCACACCUGGAUAACCCUUAAGAACGACUCAGCAGACUUGAUAUUCAGCGCCAACAGAGAAAAAGAAAUCCCCGUCCGGAACAUCUUUCCAUUACCUGUGGUCGCCCGGUACAUUCGAGUCAACCCCCGCUCGUGGUUUUACGGUGGCAGCAUCUGUAUGAGAGCAGAGAUCCUUGGCUGUCCUUUGCCAGAUCCUAACAAUUACUAUCAUAGACGCAAUGAAGUCAUAACGACUGACGAUUUGGACUUCAGGCACCACAGCUACAAAGAGAUGAGGCAGCUAAUGAAGGUGGUUAAUGAGAUGUGCCCCAACAUCACACGGAUCUAUAACAUAGGAAAGUCUCAAAACGGCCUCAAACUGUAUGCCAUAGAGAUCUCCGACAACCCUGGUGAACAUGAAGUUGGUGAACCAGAGUUUCGCUAUACGGCAGGUGCGCAUGGAAAUGAGGUGCUUGGACGAGAGCUCCUCCUCCUGCUCAUGCAGUUCAUGUGUCUGGAGUAUCUAUCAGGCAACCAGCGGAUACGUCACCUGGUGGAGGAGACCAGAAUCCACCUGCUGCCAUCCGUCAACCCUGAUGGGUACGAGAAAGCCUUUGAAGCGGGUUCAGAGCUCAGUGGUUGGUCUCUUGGUCGAUGGACCAAUGAUGGCAUAGAUAUCCACCACAACUUUCCUGAUCUCAACUCAGUUCUCUGGGAGGCUGAGGCAAAGAAGUGGAUUCCUCGCAAAAUGUUCAACCACCACAUCCCCACCCCAGAGUGGUACCUGUCUAACAAUGCCUCGGUUGCCUUGGAGACACGAGCGCUGAUAGCAUGGAUGGAGAAAAUGCCCUUUGUGCUGGGUGGGAAUCUCCAGGGAGGCGAGCUGGUGGUGACCUUCCCAUAUGACAGAACUCGCUCCCAGGGGGUGACUAGGGAGCAGACCCCCACCCCUGAUGACCACGUCUUCCGCUGGUUGGCCUUCUCUUACGCUUCCACCCACCGCCUCAUGACUGAUGCCAGCCGACGGGUCUGUCACACAGAAGACUUCGCCAAGGAGGAUGGAACCAUCAACGGGGCGUCCUGGCACACUGCGGCCGGCAGUAUGAAUGAUUUCAGCUACCUGCACACCAACUGCUUUGAGCUGUCGAUGUAUGUGGGUUGUGACAAAUUCCCCCAUGAAAGCGAGCUGCCUGAAGAGUGGGAGAACAAUCGGGAGUCUCUUCUUGUUUUCAUGGAGCAGGUGCAUCGUGGGAUCAAAGGUGUAGUCAGGGACCUACAAGGACGAGGAAUAGCCAAUGCCAUCAUCUCUGUAGAAGGCAUUGGUCACGAUGUUCGCACAGCUGCUGAUGGUGAUUACUGGCGCCUGUUGAACCCUGGAGAGUACAGAGUAACAGCCAGAGCUGAGGGCUACAGCCUCACCACUAAAAAGUGUGAGGUUGGCUACGCGAUAGGGGCCACCAGGUGCGACUUCAGCAUUGGCCGGAGUAACUUGUUCCGAAUCAGAGAAAUAAUGGAAAAAUACAACAAGCAGCCAAUCAGGUUGCCCGCGAGGCAGCUUCAGGCCCAAAGACCCAGAGAGAGACGCGUGGGAACAUAAUGACAACAUGAGGAAGCCUGGGGAGGAAUUCAAAGAAAGCAUCUGCUCUGAUGAGUCCGAAUUGGAGUCCAUGCCCAGUUUUGGACAUUUGUUAGGUUCUUUCAGAGUGUUGUCAGAAAAAUUUGCAUUUGGUCGCUCAAAUUAUGAAUGAAUCUAAUUGUGUGCAGAAUUUGAUCCUUGUGUUUUUAAUAGACAAAUCAUUUUUAUAGUUAUGGUAAACAUCCACACUGUACUGUCAUUUUUUGUGUUUUGAAGCAGUAUAAAAGUUUUUAUUCUCUUUAUUAUGACAAACACUAAAAAGUUAAGCUAAAGUCGCGUCAGAUCUUAUUUUUUUAAGUGAAAGUGAAAUAUGAAUGAUCAAUGCAAAAUCUGUUUGAAAUUGCCAUUGUGUACAUGCAGGUCCAGUGUAAUAAAUUAGAAUAUCAUCAGAAAGUUUGUUUACUCUAAUGAUUCAGUUUCAAAUUGAAACCCGGAUUGCGCAGCUCUAAUACACUCAGUUAUAUUUCAAGCUGUACUUUGUGUUGAUUUUGACAUUUAUUGCCUACCGCUAACUACAAAAAAAGUUAUGUCAGUUGCUUGUGCACUUUUUCUUUACCACAUCUUUUCCUUUUAUAAUACAAAAAAUACAUUUAUUAUUUUGUGUAAUGUGAAAGUAUCGUUGGCUGUAUGCCACAACAGUCAACAAUAACAAAAAUAAACAUUUGGAAUAUAC